GCGGGAGAGACUGGCCCGCGCCUCUUCAGCCACGGCCGGCGAGGCCCCGCUCACGCCCCUGCGCCGCCAUCAGCUCCGCCGGGCGCCGGCGCCGAGGAGGCCGCCGGGACCAUGACUUUCCAGUGGACGGCAGUGGCUGGCUUCCUGUACGGCGAGAUCGCAGUAAUUCUCGUGCUUUGCCUGCCGUUCAUUUCCCCGCUCAGAUGGCAGAAGAUUUUUAUGAUUCCUCUAUGGAGCAAAAUGGCAGUAUUUUGGAACAAGAUGUUCCUUACAAUAAUAGUUUUACUGAUCGUCUUGUUUCUUGAUGCUGUUAGAGAAGUCAGGAAGUACUCAUCCGUUCACGUGAAUGAAAAGGCUGCAAACAUCAAUAGUAGUGCCUUUGAUCACAUUCAGAUGAAACUCUUUCGAUCGCAAAGAAACCUCUAUCUCUCAGGUUUUUCCUUAUUUCUUUGGCUUGUAUUGAGACGUACUGUCACCCUUCUCACUCAGUUGGCAAAAGAAAUGGCAUCUCAUGCAGCUCUGGAAACGCAAGUAAAUGAUGCUACUGAAGCAGCCAAAAAAUACAUGGCCGAGAAUGAAAGGCUGCAGGAGGCCUUGGGCGGGCAAGGAAGCGGUAAAAAGAAAGAGUCAAAGGAAGCAACUCAGGAAAAGUUGAAGGAGGAAGUUGAAUAUUUGAAAGCAGAACUACAGAAGACAUCGACUGCUUUCCAGAAGGCAAAAAAUGAAGUGGCUGCAGUUAAAAAGCAAUCUGAUGGUGUUAGAAGAGAAUAUGAUCAUCUGAUGAAGGAAUAUGAACGGCUUCAGCAAAGUUUAAAUAAAGCAGAAGAUAAGAAAGACCUGUAAGUGCAACUAAGACGAAUGGCAUCAGUACAGUUGCUUCAAUGAGAAAAGCCUUGUGCUGUUUAUGUUCCUGAUGCAUAUCUGAAACAAAACUUGAUUUUUCUGAAAAGCACAUGCAUUGCAGGUCAUUAUUCAGAUUCCUCUAAUAUAUCUUGGUUGCCAAAAUGUUCUGUGUUGAAAUAAAAUGUUAGGUGGUGUACUGGAUUUACCAUGGAGUUUGUCACUGCUCUCCUGAGGAGAAAUUCAAAAAUCCACCUGAAGCAACUUGACUGUUUUCGAAGCUUUUGCCUCCCAUAAGGGUAACAGAUCAUGCACCAUUUGCUUGUAGCAUUUGAGUGAGGUUGUAUAUCACACUAUAUCAUAAAAACGCAAUUAUCUAAACCUCCUUUUCAACACCUGUUAGGAGUUUUAAAAAUUCAGUUACUGCUGGGUUGAAGAAGGUUAAAAGCUUUUCAUCAGCCAUUCCACUUCAGUGGAAAAUUGAAUGACAAUCAAUCUAAGGAAAAUAAAGAAAGGAAAACUGCAUUUCUAAAUCCAUCUCACUAGCUUUUGACUUCCACUUAGCCACAUGGAUUUGAGUGUAUUUUGACAAACAAUAUUUUGCAUGCCUCUGGUUUAUUUUUCUUUAAUAUUUGGGUUAUUUCAGUUUUGGGUUGGCUGGUAUUAGCAGUCUGUAUUUUUACACUGUUUACAUCUGUUUACUCUGUAUGUACCACCUAACUUCUUUUGCCUUGCUAAGUAAAAAAUCUUUUUAAAUGUAGACAGUUUGGUUUGUUUUGUUUUGUUUUCAUGGAUACGAUACCUCAAAUAAAUAAGCACUGUUUUGCAUAAGACCUUUUUGGUAUUCAGAAAGUUGUUUUGAGUUUCUUAUUUGUUAGUUGGUCCCAGUUUAUAUUUGGAAGUUGGAUAUGUUUGUUAUAUUAAAGGGAUUGUUUAAGUUCCUGA